UGUCAUUAUAUUUUUGGCAACAAGUUAAAGAGAAAUUUUUGUGAAAAUAAUUGAGAUGGGAAAGGGUGGUGACGUGGCUUUCGACCGUUGCCCACUGGGAAAUUUUUAGUCCCGCGGGACGCUCCGCAUGAUUCGAUUUCGAUGAGCAAUUUAGUAAAGUCACAUCUACCGGAACUCUUCUUUGCUACACGUGCCCUUUUCCUAUUCGUCUUAAAACUCUAAUAAGUACCAGAAACAAAGAGACAAAGAUAUUGGCAACUACAAGAAAUCGUACUAUUUUAUUUAAUUUAAAUCACCCCAUCACUGCACAUCGUCUUUGUUUCUUGUUCUACACUGUAUAUAUGGUAUGCACUGACCUAAUAGCAGAUUCAAGCGCGCACACACACAGAGAAAGAGAGAGAGAGAGAGAGGCUCCAUUGUCGUCUCUCGCGGGAAGAAAGGAAGACCACUGAAGACCACUCAGAUAAAGAAGAGAGCAAUCAAGAAGAGACAUAGAAGAUGGUGGAGAUGCUGAAGAAGGAUACGUCACACUGGUGGUGGUUUGACAGUCACCAAAGCUCCAGGCGCUCUCCGUGGCUACAAUCCACUCUUGGCGAGCUAGACAGGAAGACAAAGACAAUGCUGAAAUUGAUAGAGGAUGACGCAGACUCAUUUGCCCAGCUUGCAGAGAUGUAUUACAAGAAACGGCCAGAGCUGAUUAGCAUGGUUGAAGAUUUUUACAGGACACAUCGAUCAUUAGCAGAGCGAUAUGAUCAACUUAAGUCUGACCCUGGAAAUCGCUUUCUAACAACAAUGGGGUCCCCAUUUUCAACAAAAUAUCAACAGCAGAAGUUAGUGAAUGGGAUAGAUCAAGCCUGUGACAAACAUUCUGAAAUUUACGACCUGGAGGAUUCUGCUGAAUCUGAAGUUGAAGAUCCAGAACAGGAAGAAGAAACUGAACUUGAAGAAGAAAUGGGGGAUGUUGAGGAACCUGAACAAGAACUAGAACUUAGUCAAGUUGAAGUUUCAGGUGCAAUCUGCAAUGAUGAAGUGAUGAAAUUACAGCAAGAAAUAGAAAGACUCAAAGAAGAGAACAGGAUUCAGAGGGAACAACUCUUGCAGAAAGAUGAAGAGAAGAGAGAGGUUAUAAGACAGCUCAGUUUGGCUAUGGAAGUGCUUAAGCUAGAAAAUGUGCAGCUCAGAAAGCGUGUAGCUAGAGACUCAACCAAGAAAACGAGCCUUUUUGUGUUCGAGAACUUGAAGGAGAUAUUUUCAAGGAAGCUUUUCAAUGGGUCUUCAAAAUCUCGGGGGAGUAUACUAGCUCUUUAGGCAUGGGUUGCAGCCAACAAUUAUUGUACAUGUAGUUUGUAGACACAGUUCAUAUCUAAAAGAGAAUGUAACUCAAUUUUCUGUUCAGCUGAAUUUAGGAAGUAAACAUACAAUGUCUUUGAACUCUAUUUAGGUAGUAAAUGUCAAAUUUAGCA